UUCUUGGAUAGAGUUCAAACUAAGAAGUAUGCUUAACUUAUUCCCUCCAAUGUUUACCUACAUUUCGCGUAUAUGUUGUGACCUAUCCCUUUGCCAUUCGAUAAGCUACGUCUACAUCCACACACCUUUCGAGAAACAAGCAGCUACAACAGUGACCCAGAAAUUUAUUGGAAAUUAGCUUCAAGUAACGUCGGCUACCGAAGACACGUUCCUAUUUCCCUCCAUUCUUUUAAUAGAUGCACUCCUUCGUUCCAAUCUAAUCUACAAAAUACGCGGCCGACAUUUCUGUACGGGUAGACACUCGUGCACCGGCAUAUACAUCGCCAAAAAUGACAGCAAAGACCCGCUUCUUCAUCAUCUCUGAUACGCACGCAGGAGACUUCAAUAUCAAGCCCGGGCAUGGGGCGGACGUGGUAAUACACUGCGGCGAUCUUACCGAAGAGUCUAAAAUCCAUGAGUACCACCAUACGUUACAACUUCUGAAGGACCUGGAUGCACCGCUCAAGUUGGUGAUAGCGGGGAACCACGACUUCACAUUAGACACGCCAGCUUUCAGGAGGAAGGUAGAUGAAGCAACCGAGCCCUUAGAUCCGGAACUAGUCCGGAAGGAAUACGGAGACUACGGCGAAGCAAGGCAACUCUUUGACAGUGCUUCUGGGAUCACAUUUCUUGAUGAAGGAACUCAUCAAUUUAACCUCCAUAAUGGCGCAACAAUGACCAUUUACGCGAGUCCUUACACUCCUUCGAAAGGCGGCAAUGCCUAUCAGUACGACCCCGAAUUAGGCCACCAAUUUGACAUCGGAAAAGACGUCGAUAUAGUCAUUACCCACGGCCCUCCCCAUGGAAUCAUGGACUUCGCUGAAUCACGGAGAGCCGGCUGCCCACAUCUUUUUGGAGCCGUCGCGAGAGCCAGGCCUCGGAUACACUGCUUCGGCCAUACCCACGAAGGUUGGGGAGCAAAAAUAGUGGCUUGGAGGGAGCAUGUGACAAAAAGCCCUUCGCAUUUUACCGACAUCGAUAACGGCCGUUCCACUGUGAUUGAAAAAUUGUCCAACAUCACAAAAACGAAAUUUGACACUCCUGAAUCCGUCACAGAAAAAUUUCGGAAAGCCGAACAAUACACACAACGGGGAUAUUGUGCGACAUGUCAUUGCGACAGCGACUCCGAUACUCUCAAGAAAGGCACACAUACGCUUUUUAUUAACGCCGCUGUGGAAGGACUUUCCGACGAACUCCCCAUACAACCACCAUGGCUCGUUGACAUAGACCUCCCGUUGGCCCAUCAACAUAACGAAACAAAAACCCAGGAGUCAUAAUUGAAAAGGAAUAAUGAGAUAUGGAUUUUAUGAGCUUGAAUGAUGGAUUAGGUACUUGGUGGUAACCAUAUGAUUAAUAUGGCGUUGGUUGUUGACACAGCGUUGGAAUGUCAUGUACGUAAGUAAUCGACAGCGUCGUUACUUCACAAUAUAAACACCCCCCAUUACAAACUAAGAAAAUUACGCAAUAGGAAUCCACAACGAAUUAGAUGCCUCAAGUUGAAAGGUUACGAUCCUCAAUGGCUGUAUGCAGUAUAGCGGGGAACGAGGGUGGAUUAUCACCAAUCCCUCUAGUGCCGGCUUAGUU